UUUGUCACAUGUGAGAAAAGAAAUCUAUCUUAUUGUUGUUCUUCUUAUCCCCUCCCCUAACACACUUCUGCUUCUUCAGGCCAAACCCCUCUUCUUCUUCUUCUUCAUUUUCUAAGGCCCUCACCCUUUCAGAUUCCUUUUUCUUUUUUUUUUUUCUUUUGAUUGUUCUUUGAAAUUUAAAUUUGUUUGAAUUGAGAAUUCUACUGCCAGCUGGGGUCGGAAGAACCCUUUUAGUUUCUUGAAUGACGGAGCCUCAAAAUUAAUUCUUUGGCAUCUUUCUUUUCUCAGGAACAAAGUGCUUCAAGUAGUUGUUCCUGAUCCAUUAGGAGCAACUAACUUGUUGGACCGGUCAACUCAGAAAACUUUUACAACUUAUAUUAACAUGCUGGGGCACUAUGGAGAGAUGUUGUCAACUUAGAAUUAGUUAAGAUGAAAAACUCGCAGACUGUAAAGAUGUUUUGAGGUAGGUAAGCUGAAGGUGAUGCAUAUUUCCCUUCAAGGACAGAGAGGAGCCAGAUUUGGAGAAUUGUGUAGCAGUUCUGGACCUAACAUGCAAGCAGCCUCCCAAUUUUACUCUGUAUUUUACUUCUCCAACAGUCGCGGAAGCAGCUGUGACAUAUUUGCUCGGACAAAAAUUAAACCUCUCAGCUCAAGUAAACUUGCCAGAAAGCUCGACCUAACUCUAGGAUCUUGGACUUGUAAGUUUCCUUGUGCAGUCCGACCGUGCAGGCUAUCUGUGAUUCCGAACACAAAUGAUGGUCACCCAUGUAUAUCUGUGACUGAAGAAGAUAGGAGGACAGACCAAGCCUGGAAUGAUGAGCUGGAGACUUUUCUGAGCAAAUGGUCACCACCAGGGUACUUGUGGAGGGGAUUAUCUGUUCUUAUCUUGGCUGGGCAGGUCAUUAGUAGGACCAUAAAGGGCAAAGUCCACUGGAGAAACACCCUCCAACAACUGGAGAGGGUUGGACCUAAAUCUGUAGGUGUCUGUCUCUUAACUUCAGCUUUUGUUGGAAUGGCCUUCACCAUACAAUUUGUGAGAGAGUUCACUAGGUUAGGGCUGAAUAGAGCUGUUGGUGGUGUCUUAGCGCUAGCUUUUUCAAGGGAGCUGAGUCCUGUAGUCACAUCAAUUGUAAUUGCAGGACGUAUUGGGAGUGCAUUUGCUGCAGAAUUGGGCACCAUGCAAGUUUCUGAGCAAACUGACACGUUGAGAGUUCUUGGUGCAGAUCCUGUUGAUUAUCUUGUUACACCAAGGGUUAUCGCUUCCUGCAUUGCUCUGCCAUUUUUAACUCUAAUGUGCUUCACUGUAGGGAUGGCGUCCAGUGCCCUUUUGGCUGAUAGUGUUUAUGGGAUUGGCAUAAACAUAAUCUUGGAUUCUGCUCAUAGAGCUCUUAAAUCAUGGGAUUUAGUCAGUGCAAUGAUCAAGUCUCAGGUAUUUGGUGGGAUUAUAUCCGUAGUUAGCUGCGCUUGGGGAGUUACAACAUUGGGGGGUGCCAAAGGCGUUGGAGAAUCAACAACUUCUGCUGUGGUUAUAUCUCUUGUCGGUAUUUUUAUGGCUGACUUCGCUCUAUCUUAUUGCUUCUUCCAGGGAGCAGGAGACUCGCUGAAGAAUUUAUGACUUUCCGCUAAGAGCUUUAAUGGUUCAAUCUUUUGUUGGAUAUUUUCUUGUAAAACUUAUUUGUCGUCUUAUAGCUCGUACCCUUUUUUGGAUGCAUAAAACCAAGGUAUACAUAUUGGCGCUGCUUUUGAAUCUAGGUUGGUCAUUCCCGUCUCUCAAACACUGUUUAAAUCAGGAUAAAAAAGUAAUCAUUCUCCUUGAAUGCCAAUAUUCUGAGAUCUUGAAUGGA